AUGUCUAAACCGGCUGUACAGGCUUAUAGAGCAGCACUCCGAGCAACCCGUGUCGCAUUUCCAGGAGAUGCUUUCAUGAUCAGAUCCGCUAGAGACAAGAUGAGAGAGGGCUUUGAGAUGAACAAAGGCCUUCAAGUCAAAGAGGAAAUCGAAAAAGCCGUUGACGACUUGAACGAGGUGGCCAAAUUUUUGGUCAAGAAUGUUGUCCAAGCUGAGAUGCAGCAAAACGAGAGAUAUCUCUUGAAAAUCCACGACAAGACCGAGUUGGGCCUGAAUGAUACCAUCAAACAGAGCAACAAGGAGAACAUGGGUUCUUUGGCUGGUGCCAAAGUGCGCAAAUGUCGUUAA